AUGCUAAUUAGUGAACUUCAGGUUCAGCAAGAGACCCUGCCUCAGAAAACAAUGCAGAAGGUUGCUGCCACUAAGGGCUUCUUCAGCGACGGGAAGAUUUCCCUGGGAGCGAGUGAGGGAGACCAGAACAGGUUUCGAAGCGUCAGAGUCACAGCCAUGGUACCCUUGGUGGUGUUCUGGGGACUUGCUGCCCUCAUUGGCACUUCCAGGGGCUCAUACCCAUUCACUCACUCCAUGAACCCUCACCUACAUCAUCGCCUGUACCAUGGCUGCUAUGGAGACAUCAUGACCAUGGAGACUUUUGGGGCCCCCUGUGACAUAAACAACCUCAUCAACUGUGGGGUCCACGGUUCGGAAAUGUUUGCUGAGAUGGACCUGAAAGCCGUAAGAGUUUACCGGACCCUCAUCAAAGAAGUAGGACAGAGGCACUGCAUUGACCCAGCCAUCAUCGCAGCCAUCAUCUCCAGGGAAAGCCACGGUGGAGCUGGCCUGCAGAACGGCUGGGACCACACGGGACAGAGAUUCGGCUUGAUGCAGCUCGAUAAGCGAAUGUACCAUCCCAUUGGUGCCUGGGACAGCAAAGAGCACCUUCUACAGUCUGCUGGGAUUCUAGCGGAAAGGAUUAAAGCAAUCCAGAGGAAAUUUCCCACCUGGAAUGCGGUUCAGCACCUCAAAGGUGGUCUGACUGCCUUCAGGUCGGGCAUGGAGACCAUGGUCACUCCUGCAGACAUAGAUGCUGACUUAGUCGAUGAUGUUAUUGCCCGAGCUAAAUUCUACAAAAGACACGGCUUCUAGGUUGAGCGAGUCAUGUUGGUGAGGCACUCGGUUGGGCCCUCUUUCAAAGUGUAAGAUUAGCAGCUCAUUGCACCAGUACGAGCAAAGAAAUGGUUAUAAUUAUGAAAGAAAGUUCAUCUCCAAAAUUUUUAAUAAAAGCAAGCAAAAAGAAAGGAAGGAAAGAAGAGAGGCGAGGACAUAGUUCAGUUGGCUGAGCUCUUGCCUAGCAUGUGCAAGGCCCAGGUUCCAUCUUUAUCACAAGAAAAGGGAAAAAAACCCAACUUCACAUACGGAUCCUAGGAAACAUACAUAGACAUGCAUGUGAUUUCUCAGUGGUCAGUAUGCAUAUCAUGCAUGGCACAUGGCACGUAGAUGCUCCAGCCAGGCUUCAGUUUAGCCCAUGGUUUUAAUGAUGCUCUGCCUUUUGGAUUUCUAUCACACGUGAGCCUUUGUCCCCUUCCCAGUCUCUACCCCAGUUGCUCAUGAAUGUGACUGUGUCAGACCAGAUCUGGGGCAACAGGUGGGGAGGAGACUGUUCUCUAGGAGAUGGUGCUGGUGGUGGCUUUUGGUUGCCUCCUCAGGAGAGGUCGCGGUAGUGUGCUGGCCUGUGACGCUUUCAGCAGCCAUGCCAAGUGACUCCUCUCUAUUACUGUCAUUGUUCUUCUUCGGGUAUUUGGUGGGCCUUUCCUGCCUGUUACUUCUCUGAGAUGGAACCAAAAUUUUACCAUCCUUCCUUUAUUCACUUUGGAAAGAGGCAGGCAAACUGUUCUCUGCCCAAGGACCACUCAACUCAGCCUGAAGGGGCCAGAUCAGAGCUAGGAAUCACUGUUUUUGAGAAAAGGUCUCUAUAUCCCAAGCUGUCCUCAAACUCAUAGAAAUCCCCCUGCCUCAGCUUCUGGUAUUAUAAGUGGGCCACCAUGCCUGCAACCAUCUCUUAGGACUUGACAAGGCGCAAGCUCUACCAGCUUUUGAACCACUGCUCUGGUCCCUGCAUGUGUCCAUCUGAGAUGUUCCUCAGAUGGCUGUGCAGUUCAGGGAUGAUCUCUUUUGGCCUUUACCCCGGCAGCAUUAAUUUCACCCAGCACCAGCCCCUUUGAUGCCACCAUUGCCAAGAUAGCUAACAUGUAGGCCAGAUAAUCUUCAAGUAAAAUGGGAAGUGGUUCACUGGCUUACUCCCUGAACCUAUUUCCCCAGGGUUGUCGCUCUGACUGACACAAAGAUGUCUGAUGGGAGGCCACGUAGUAAAGGUGUCUUGGUUUAUUUCCCUCAGAACCAGAUCUGUGACAAUAAUGUGGGUGCAAGUAGUUUACGUGGAGGGGGGCCACAGAAAACACUGUUAGAAAGUGGCGCGUGAUGCGGAAUGAAUGAACAGUGGAGGCCGCCAUCCUAGUGCGCAAGGGGACUCACCCUUGCAGAAGGGCAGUGGGCAGCUGUGCAGAGCACUCGCUGCAGGACGCAGGCAUGGGACUGGAGACCACGCACCUCCGGAAGCCAUUAGUUGAGGUACCUGCCUGAGGGUGAGAGUCCAGUUUCUUGCUAGUCCAAUCUGCUGAACAAUAGAACCCUUGUCUGAACCUCCAGGAGAAGCUGUAGGCACAAACAGGAAGACCAAGUGAGAAUUCUGAGAGGCUCAGGGACAGGAAAGGCACCGACACUGUCUGUGUCAUAAGGUGGGGAACAUCGCUUCAGCGCUUCUUGUUUCCAUGUGACUGAAUAACAUGUUAGAAAUAAUCUGGCAAGACAGCACAAGUCUGUUGUGACCCCUGGUUCCUGUGCCAGGCUUCUUCAGAAUCUAUGAGACACACUAGAACUAUCUCCGUCUCCGUCUCCAUCCUCCUCCCGCCUGGCGCCCAGCAGCCAAUCCCCAGCAAUUUACUGAGAACAAUGCCUAAGAUGGUAACCCCACAUACAGCACCAUUAAACUGUCCUGUGUCUU